UUCAUUUAUCGGCCAUUAUAACUGCCGAUACCGAUAUUAUGGAAAAUGCCGAUAUAUCGGUCUGGCUCUAAUUUAAACAUGUUUAAUCAUUGCUAAUCAUUUCAUUUUCUAAAGCAGAGACUGUUGACCAGUGGCCUGAGGUUGGUAAGUCUUCACUUGACUUUAUUCGGCCUGAAAUACAGGAGUCGACAUUUAAAGUGGAUCAAAACCUUUCAUUAAAUUUAUACAUGAAUUUUCUUGUCUUAGGACAACUUUUGAACCACUUCAAUUGUUGACUACUGUAUUAAAAUGACAUGCAUGAGCUGUUUUUGUGCUCUGUGGGUAUGAUGAUGAUAUUAACCCUUUAACGCCUACUAUAUCAUGUUUGAUACAUGAGCGUCUAAGGCCUAUAAAUCUGUUGUACACAAUUUACUAAAUGCUUUCUAUUGGCUGAUUGAUAGUUUAUCGGUUUUUUAAAGCACGAAAAAGGCAUUUUAGUGUAAUUUUAAAAGUGUUCAACUUGUCCUUUUACUGUGAAAUACGUUAUGAUUUUUAUAAAGCAAACGUAAGACUUUAUAUUGAACACUUGGACUGAAGCAACUUGAUCUUACUUACUUGAUCACCCAUACAUCAUUUUUUAGGAAAGGCAUGUUAGAAUGUGAAUAUCAAAUAUGAUCAUCAGGCUUUUGAGGAAUGUUUAUUAGCUCAUCUCUCAAUCAUUGUAUUAUGGUUUGCCCUCACAACUAAAAAACUAAACCGCUUUGAUCAUUAAACUAAGCUAAGGUAGUUAUAGAGUGACGACUGAUACUGUAUUUCUAUGCAUUUAAUGUAAGUAUAUGCUGUACUGUUAUAAAGAUCUCAUUGGUUUACAUUAAAAGCUACCUCAUGUUACUUUUUUGGACAUAUAAAUAACAACAUUUGCUCCAAAUUGCAUAUUUUACUCCAUUUUGGGCCUCUGAAUUUGUCGCAUAAUUUAGUUGGGUCAAAAACUGAGUAAAACAAGCAGUGUGCAUAUGUAGCAGGUCUCAGUUCUGUGCAUACAGAAAAAGUGCGUACUGAGUACAGUAUACUAUAAUAUGUACUGAAGAAAGUAGGACUGUAUGCUAUUAAGAACUUAGUGUUGUUAGAACCUUUAGUUCAACCAAGUAGAGUUUGGCAAGAUUAAGUAUUGUCUUGUCUAUGUAAUAUAUUAAGCCAGCAGUUUUACACUAGUUUUCACAGUCAUGAAGGCAGAAGAGCAUCUGUGUGGGCGGGGUCUACUUACGCUCGUCACUUGAGCGAUGAUGACAUCACCGAGCUUACGUAGAGACAAUGUCCCUGUCGUUGCUCCAUGAAUCGAGAGUGUGGAUCACGUCUCAACAUCAAGGUGUGAAGACAGGAGCUGGAGAGGUUUGAAGGACGUUGAGUUGUGUUCGAGUGUAUUCCAGCAGCAUGUCCAUCUCCAGCACACCCACCAGUAAUGAUGCCUGUCUGAGCAUCGUCCACAGUCUCAUGUGCCAUCGACAGGGAGGAGAGAGCGAGACGUUCGCCAAACGAGCGAUAGAAAGUUUGGUGAAGAAGCUGAAAGAGAAGAAAGAUGAGUUAGACUCUCUGAUCACUGCCAUCACGACGAACGGAGCUCAUCCCAGUAAAUGUGUGACUAUACAGCGCACGCUAGACGGGAGACUGCAGGUGGCCGGUCGUAAAGGGUUUCCUCAUGUCAUAUACACACGGCUGUGGCGAUGGCCCGAUCUGCACAAGAACGAGCUGAAGCAUGUGAAGUACUGCCAGUUUGCCUUUGACCUGAAAUGCGACAAUGUGUGUGUGAACCCGUAUCACUAUGAGAGGGUCGUGUCUCCAAGCAUCGAUCUGUCUGUCCUGACUCUGGGUGGCCCAGGUCCGAGUGGAGAGCUCAUGGUGAAGGACGAGUUUGAGGGUCAGCCGUCACAUUCAUCGGCUGAUGGAGGUCAUAGUAUUCAAACCAUCCAACACACUGGCGCCUCCUCUGCUCCACCCGACGCUUUCAACAGCCCCGCCCUCCUGCCCCCAGCUGACUCCACAAGCUCCGCCUCCACUUCUGCAUUCACCAGUAUGGCUGCCGGACCACCCAAUGCCCCCAGCUCAUGGCCCAGAGGAACUAGUUUCCCUCCCAGCAUCCCCCAUCAGAACGGGCACCUGCAGCAUCACCCUCCCCUGCCUCACACGGGCCAGUACUGGUCAGUCCACAAUGAGCUGGCGUUCCAACCGCCCAUAUCCACACAUCCAACUCCAGAUUACUGGUGCUCGAUUGCAUACUUUGAGAUGGACAUUCAGGUGGGCGAGACGUUUAAGGUGCCCUCCAACUGUCCCGUCGUGACAGUGGACGGUUAUGUGGACCCUUCAGGAGGAGAUUGCUUCUGUCUCGGCCAGCUGAGUAACGUCCAUCGCACCGAGGCCAUCGAGAGAGCCCGGCUUCAUAUCGGUAAAGGUGUCCAGCUGGAGUGUAAAGGAGAGGGUGACGUGUGGGUGCGCUGCCUCAGUGAUCACGCAGUGUUUGUGCAGAGUUAUUAUCUGGACCGCGAGGCUGGACGAGCUCCGGGUGACGCCGUCCACAAAAUCUACCCCAGUGCCUACAUCAAGGUGUUUGACUUGCGUCAGUGUCACCGGCAGAUGCAGCAGCAGGCAGCGACGGCUCAGGCUGCAGCGUCUGCGCAGGCGGCUGCGGUGGCGGGGAACAUCCCGGGACCGGGCUCUGUGGGUGGCAUCGCCCCUGCUAUCAGUCUGUCCGCGGCGGCAGGCAUCGGCGUGGACGACCUGCGGCGUCUCUGCAUCCUGCGCAUGAGUUUCGUGAAGGGCUGGGGUCCUGAUUACCCUCGUCAGAGCAUCAAGGAGACCCCGUGCUGGAUCGAAAUUCAUUUACACCGGGCCCUUCAGCUCCUGGACGAGGUUCUGCACACCAUGCCUAUAGCCGACCCACAACCUCUGGACUGAUGAUCGGACAUGUAGAACAGUGCAUGAAUCAUAUAGCACAAAACGUCUUCAGCCGUGGCGUCUCACAUAAGAUUGAAAACCAGCAAAUGCUGCAAUACAACACUAGAUCAAACCGAACUGUUUUUUUAAAACCUUCACUUUUGAUGUUCACAUAGAAGAUGGACUCGUUUGGAAAUGAUAUCGUAUUGCAUUUUAAUCCAGUGUCGUCAUGAGUUUCGGAUCUAUACACACUGUAGCCAAAUACACACGUCAGAGAUUAAUCCUGUUAUGCGCAACACAAGAUGAACCAUGUGCUAAUCCUUUUUAUUUAUACCACAUAGUUUAUGAGCAAUUUACUAAGAAAUUCAUUCAGGUUAUCGUUCAUCAUAGUUCGUAAAACCGUUUUCCUUUAUUGCACAUAAUUGAAAGGUUUUUCAAACACAAACAUUCCGAAUAUAAAUUGUUGCGUUUCAUAAAUGAUGGUUCAUGUAAAUUGAAGACAGUCAUUUAUGCAAGAAUGGUUUUUACCAACUAUUUACGGAGAAAUUCUGGAUUACGUAACUCGUGAAACCAUUCCUCUGUAAACAAUUUUUGUAAGAAUGAUUUAAUGAAGAAAAAAAAUCUGCUUGUUUUACAUGAAUGAGGCCGUUUUCAUAUUUACAGAAAGUAUACAGAAAUUCGGGAUUACUUAAAGGAGUGGUUCACUUUU